AUGCCUCCUCCUCAUGACGAACGGAGGCCUUUAUUGAACGGGGACAACACUACGUCUAACAAGCAUGGGUCGUUUGGUGUUUCAGCAGACGAGUUGACAAAGUUGGUCGACCCCAAGAACCCUGACCUCCUCAAACAACUCGGUGGUGUCAAAGCACUCGCCAAGAAACUACGUGUCGAUGUCACCACAGGUCUUUCAGCUGACGAAGGCGUUCAACAUUCCGGGCAAGAAGCAUUCCAAGAACGACAUGAAGCAUUCGGACGCAAUGUGUUGCCAGAGGCCAAGAGCAAGACUUUUCUCGAGCUUCUUUGGGCGUCCUAUAAUGAUAAGACUUUGAUCAUGUUGACGAUUGCAUCGUUUGUCUCGUUGGCUGUUGGCAUAUGGGAGGACUACUCGCCACGACAUCCGCCUGAUGAGCCACGCGUUGGCUGGGUGGAAGGCACUGCCAUUCUCGUUGCCGUACUUGCUGUUGUAUUGACCAAUGCAGUGAACGACUAUCAAAAGGAAGCACAAUUCAAAAAGUUGAACGCCAAAAAGGAAGAUCGCCAUGUCAACGUUCUUCGUGGCGGCAAGCAGCAGCAAAUUAGUGUCCAUGAUGUCAAUGUCGGUGACGUACUUGAACUUGAACCUGGUGAAAUUGUGGCUGUGGAUGGCAUCUACCUCGAAGGUCACAAUAUGGCAUGCGAUGAAUCAUCAGCUACUGGUGAAUCCGACACAAUGAAGAAGGCUACCGAAGACAAAGGCGACUGCUUUAUCUUAUCCGGCUCCAAGGUCCUCGAAGGCAUGGGUCGCAUGUUGGUCAUUGCUGUCGGUGAAAAGUCAUUUUAUGGUAAAAUCAUGAUGGCCAUGCGUGGUGACGAAGCCGAAGGUACACCUCUCCAAAACAAGCUCGAUGCUCUUGCCGAGCAAAUUGCAAAGCUUGGUUUUGCUGCUGCUAUCGCUAUGUUGCUUGCCCUUGUCAUCAAGUACUUUGUCACUGCAUCCAUGGCAUCGGAGUUCCCUGAACCUGCCGAGAUUGCUGCUGCUAUGAUCAGCAUUGUCAUUCAAGCCAUCACCAUCAUUGUCGUUGCUGUUCCUGAAGGUUUACCUAUGGCUGUUACCAUGGCACUUGCAUUUGCUACUACACAAAUGCUCAAAGACAACAACCUUGUACGUGUCCUUGCAGCUUGUGAAACCAUGGGCAACGCCACUGCCAUUUGCUCUGAUAAGACCGGCACAUUGACCCAAAACAAGAUGACCGUUGUUCGUGCAACCUUGGCUGAUGAAUCAUUCGAUGCCGUUGAAAAGAUUCGCCAAUGGGCUGGCAAAGUGAGUGAUAAGUAUGUAUCGCCUUUGCUCAAGGAGACCAUUGCUGUCAACUCGACCGCCUUUGAAGGCAAGAAUGAAAAUGGCACUUUGGAGUUCAUUGGUUCCAAGACCGAAUGUGCACUAUUGGGCUUUGCCAAAUCUCUUGGUGCUGAAUACGACAGCUUACGACAUGAUGCCAAAAUUGCCAAAGUGUAUCCAUUUGCAUCCAAGCGAAAGACCAUGACCACCAUUACUGAAAUUCGCGAGAACUCCGCCGACACUGCUUCUGGAUCCAACCAUGCUGCUUAUCGUAUUCACGUCAAGGGUGCUUCUGAAAUUGUUUUGGGUGCCUGUACACAAUACAUGGAUGCCAAUGGCAAGGCCAAGUCACUUGACAAGGAUGCAAAGGCACGAUGGAACGCCAUCAUUACCGAUUAUGCAAACAAUGCCCUUCGUACGCUUGCCAUUGCUUAUCGUGAUAUCAAGCAAGAUGAAUACAGCAACGCCGCUGGUGAAGAGCCACCCCUUGAACGACUCGUGUUGAUUGGUAUUGUUGGUAUCAUGGAUCCAUUGCGUCCUGGUGUGGUUGAAUCGGUUGCCAAGUUCCGUGAAGCUGGUGUUUUCGUACGCAUGAUUACUGGUGACAAUCUUAACACUGCCAAGGCCAUUGCUCGCAAUGCUGGUAUCUUGACUAAGGGUGGUGUAGCAUUGACGGGCCCUGAAUUACGUGAAAUGUCCGUGGAAGAACAACGUAACGUGAUCCCUCGAUUGCAAGUGCUUGCACGUUCAUCCCCUACCGAUAAGACUGUUGUGGUGACUCGAUUGCAAGAACAAGAUCAAGUCGUUGGCAUGACUGGUGAUGGUACCAAUGAUGGCCCUGCUCUUAAAUUGGCUGAUGUUGGUUUCAGCAUGGGUAUCACGGGCACCGAAGUUGCCAAGGAAGCAAGUGAUAUCAUCCUUAUGGACGACAAUUUCAAUUCGAUUCUCAAGGCAUUGUUGUGGGGCCGUUCGGUGAAUGAUGGUGUACGCAAAUUCUUGACUUUCCAGCUUACUGUCAACAUUGCUGCUGUUGUCUUAUCCUUCAUCAGUGCUAUUGGAUCCGAGAAUUCCGAAAGUGUCCUUAGCGCUGUGCAAUUGCUUUGGGUGAACUUGAUCAUGGAUACGCUUGCUGCACUUGCUCUUGCCACUGAACCACCCUCUGACGACUUGUUGAACCGCAAACCCAUUUCAAAGUAUGCACAUUUGAUCAACUUCAAGAUGGCCAAGAUGAUUUUGGGUCAAGCUAUUUUCCAAAUUGCUGUCAACUUAUCCGUGAUUUACGCUGGCAAGCCCAUUUUCCAUUUGACGGAUAGCCCUGAGGAUCAAGUUGUUCUACGCACGAUUGUAUUCAACAUUUUCGUCUUCCUUCAAGUGUUCAACGAGAUCAAUUGCCGCCGUAUCGAUGGCUCCAUCAAUGUAUUCAAGGGUAUUUUCAGGGACUGGAUCUUCCUUGUGAUUCAAUUGGUUGUUGUUCUCUGCCAAUUCCUUAUUGUCACUUUUGGUGGUAUUGCAUUCAAGACAACCCCACUCACUCCCAACCAAUGGCUGGUGACCAUUCUUAUUGGUGCCUUAUCAUUGCCAGUUGGCACCAUCAUUCGCUUAUUGCCUGAUUGUGGUAUUGAACGCAAGUUUAAAGAGGAUGCACGUCAACUUGCUACCUAUCCACGCAUGCACUGGGAAGGUGCUAUUGGCGAUGUGCGUAAUGGUUUGCGUGUCUAUUCCAUGUUACGUCGUUCGCGUCAUCCACGUCGUCCUGCUCAUAGCCAAGCUCAACGUAAUGGAUCCUCCACAAGCAUGUUCGCCACAUCUCCACCACGACUUUAUGGUGCUACUCAAAGUGGAUCACCACCACCACCACGUGGCAACAAUGAUGGUCCUGCUGGUAGCCCUGGCAGCAGCAAUGGUACCACCAACCGCUUUGCAUCCUUGGUCGCUUAUGCAGAAAACUUUAACAAGGCCGCUGCAGAAGCUGCUGAUCGCCAACAAACCAAGGCAUCGUCUGGUAAUCACUAA